UGCUGGGGUGGGGGCGCCGGCGUCACGUGGCCGGCGCGCGGCGGCGGCGGGAUGGUGGAGAAGGAGGGCGGCGGCGGCGGCGGCUCGGGCGGCAUCAGUGAGGAGGAGGCGGCGCAGUACGACCGGCAGAUCCGCCUGUGGGGGCUGGAGGCGCAGCGCCGGCUGCGAGCAUCCCGGGUGCUGCUGGUUGGCAUGAAGGGCCUGGGAGCAGAAGUGGCAAAGAACCUCAUCUUGGCAGGCAUCAAAGGCCUGACCAUGCUAGACCAUCAGCAGGUAUCUCAGGAGGACACGAGAGCUCAGUUCCUGAUUCCUGUGGGCUCGCUGGGCCGCAACAGAGCCGAAGCCUCUUUGGAACGGGCUCAGAACCUCAACCCGAUGGUAGAUGUGAAAGUUGACCCGGAGAAUAUCGAAAACAAAGCCGAAAAUUUCUUUACUCAGUUUGAUGCUGUGUGCCUGACAUGCUGCUCCCGCUGCAUCCUCGUGAAAGUCGAUCAGAUCUGCCACAAACAUGGCAUCAGGUUCUUCACCGGGGAUGUCUUUGGCUACUAUGGCUACAUGUUCGCCAACCUGGGGGCGCACGAGUUUGUGGAAGAGAAGACCAAGGUCACCAAAGCCAGCCAGGGAGUGGAAGAUGGGCCCGACACCAAAAAAGUCAAACUCGAUUCAACGGAGACAACCAUGGUGAAAAAGCGGGUGGUUUUCUGCCAGCUGAAGGAGGCGCUGGCAGUCGACUGGAGCAGUGAGAAGGCGAAGGCAGCCCUGAAGCGCACCACCCCGGACUACUUCCUGCUCCAGGUGCUGCUGAAAUUCCGGACGGAUAAAGGGAGGGACCCAUUGCCGGAGAGCUAUGCCGAAGACUCGGAGCUGCUGCUGCAGAUCCGAAAUGAAGUGCUGGACUCCCUAGGUGUUGGUGCAGACCUGCUGCCCGAUGACUUCAUCAGCUAUUGCUUCUCUGAAAUGGCUCCUGUCUGCGCAGUGCUUGGAGGGGUCCUGGGACAGGAGGUCGUCAAGGCCCUGUCCCAGCGGGAUCCACCCCACAACAACUUCUUCUUCUUCGAUGGCAUCAAAGGGAACGGGGUCGUCGAGUGCCUGGGUCCCCACUGAGCCUGGAGUCGCUGGCCUCCCAGUGCGUCUGCCCGCAGCUGCGGUUCAGCCCCCGGUGCUGCUGGAGCCCCUGCAGCGCCCGACCAGCUGCAGCCUAGCUCUGGAGUGCCGCUUGCACCACCUUCCACUCCAGCUGCAGCUCUGGGGCCAGCACAGGCAUGGCCCCCACGGCUGCUGAGGCCUGUGCCCGGGUGGGGCGGGUGUAGCAAUCCCCCACUCGCUCGCCCUGUGCGUUCUCCUGGGCUCUCAAAUAAACUCUCUUCUUCCCAA